UGACAGCAAUUGCCCUCUUGUUGACGACAAAUUUUCCCAGGUUUUCAACAAUUUCCGUGUGGCCCAAAAAUCUUUAGAUUACUUAACUACCCGUUUAGAUGCCAUCUCAGCUAUUAAUAAAACUACUACACAUCCUGGGGAGACAGAUAACAAGGAUAAUUUGGACAAUCAGCAGAAAAUUUUAAAACAAGAAAUAACUGAAGUAAAAGCAAAGUACUCAACAUUAAUGGAUGAGUUAGAUACUGUAAAGAAAUCAGAAGAAAUUCUUAAGCAAAAAAAUGCUUAUUUAGAAUCAAAGUAUUUGGAAAUUUUAAACAAUUAUGAAAAAACCAUUAAAACAAACGAUGAUAUCAAACUACAAAUCAACACUUUAACAAGACAAGUAUCUCAAAUUCUAGCCAAAGAAGAUGAAAUUGAAAAUUAUGAAAAUAAACUAUUAUUCGAUGUACGUGUUGAUAAACUGCCGGAAUUUAAAAAGCACUGUACCCAAGACCCUGCACCGGUGGACUGUAAAGCAGCUACUAAGUGCUCACAAAAGAGUGGUUAUUACAAAAUAUUUAUACCGGGCAACAAAGCCAAGCAAAUUAUGGUCUUCUGUGAUAUAGAGUCCAAUGGUGGUGAUUGGUUGCACAUUUUGAGACGCCAAGAUGGUUCAGAAAAUUUCACACGUCCCUGGUCCGAUUACUGGAAGGGAUUUGGUAAUGUAAAGGGCGAGUACUGGAUUGGUUUGGAAAAUCUACAUGCUCUCACAAACAAUAAUGGCCGCCAGCAAUUAUACGUGUAUAUAGAGAAUUUCGAUGGACAGUCUAGUUAUGCUCUUUACGACAAUUUUGUUGUAGGAAGUGCCAUCGAAAUGUACGAACUAAAAUCUUUAGGCAAACAUUAUGGUACGGGUCUGGAUGAUAUGUCGUAUAAUGUCGGUUCGAAAUUUAGCACAAUUGAUAAUGAUAACGAUUUUUGGACAACGGGCAGUUGUGCGGUUCAACGUCAAGUCGGUUGGUGGUAUAAUCAUUGUACAUAUGUCCAACCUACCGGACAAUAUCUGCAUGGUGAAUCGUCACGAGAUGGUAUUCUGUGGAGAAGUUUUGGUGGCCUAACAUAUUCACAUAAAAUCAUGUACCUAAUGAUACGAAACUAAAAAAAUAUUAAUUUAAAAUAUUUUCGAUAGCUAUUUGUUAAUAAAAUAGGGUAAAAUUUUUAUAAAAAACAACAAUACUUAGGCGAUAUCAGCGCAAAGGUGAAAA